GCCAACAGUUGUUUCCUCGUCUAUUUUAAUACAGAAAUGGAAGACCUCAGCAUUAACGAUAUAAUAAGCGAACAAAUACAACUAGGAAUUUAUACAACAAAAAGUGUUGAUAAAAGGCGAAGUUUCGUCUGGAAUAUCUUUAAAACUAUUGUGACGGAAGACGGCAGUGUUUUGGAAAGAUUCGUCUAUUGCACCGUGUGUAAAAAAAUAUUACGAUAUAAUCCGAAAACAUGUGCAACGUCAAAUCUUAAAGACCAUCCGUGUGCGCGUCAAUAUAUAAACUCGAUUUAUGACACAAUCGAUAGGGAAACUAACCAGACAAGCUCUUCAAUUUCUGGGGAAAUUGGGCUCAAAGAGGAUGAGGGCCACAAAACAACGAUUACAACAAACAACCCGCAAAACGUCGUUCAAGAUGAAUUGGUUUUUAUUAAAGAGGAGAUAAAAAUCGAGCCCGAAGUUGAUAGGGAGUUUCUAACAGACGAUGAAGUAGAAGCAGAAUCCGACGAUAGACUAUCUAUUGAAACAAAAAUUUCCAAUGGUACAUACAAAUUAUCUAACAAGAGAAAAUACGAAAGUGAACUAUGGACUUUAAUGGCUCAAAUUCUUAGGAAUGACAACACCAUUUUGCCAAACUAUGUAUGCUGUAGAAAAUGUAGAAAUGUAUUUCAACUCAGCCAUUCCUAUAUAAACCUAUAUAAUCAUGAAUGUGCAAGAUACAUUAUGGAAUCGCAGGAAGAUGGAGACCACGAUGUAACUGUAAAUGCUGCAUUUAUUUCUUAUAAAAUUUCUAAGGGGAUUUACACUGUUUGCCCCGAGCGUAGAGGUGAAGGUGCUCUGUGGGAUAUUAUGGCCAGUAUUCUAAGGGAGGACGGAACAUCCAUAAAUUCGCACAUUGUUUGCAGAAAAUGUCACUCUGUUCUAAAAUUAUAUGAUAAGAAACUAAGCAACACUUAUCGCCAUAAGUGUUAUGUUGAGCAUAGACUGGCAAACCACGCACCCGAUAUGGAUUUAGUAGAGGAUAGCAAUGAGUUCAUAACAACAGAAACAACUGAAAAAUGUAAUCUUACAACAGCUCUAAUUUCUGAAAGUAUAGCUACAGACAAUUAUACAAUUAAUGGGGGCAUUAAAACCGGAAAUAAGAAAUUGCCAGUUUUGGGAUCCAUCCUACAACAGGACAAUACUAUUUUGGAGGAAUGUGUGCACUGCCGAAAGUGCUCGAAAACCUUGCCAUUUAAGAAAGACCAAUUGGCAAAGCUAUCGCAACACAAAUGUUGCCAACGCCGCACGUAUUCCCGUUUAAAACAAUCUAACUUGCGGUAAGUAACAGGAAACUGAAGAAGGAUUAGUAAAACCUGCAGUACCACCUUUUAAUUGUGCUUCGACAUCUUAGGAAAAGACAAAACUAUUGAUAACUUUACAUCGUUGGCUGCUCAAAACUGUUAUUCACUUUUCAUCAAAAAAGAACCAAAUACCAAUACAAUAACUGACUCAACCGAAACUGCUCAAAACAUGAAACUUCAGUUAAAAAAUAAAGUGGUUAAGGGAAUGGAAAAAAAUCUCUACAGCAAUCUUGGAUAAUUGGAGAGUUAUUUCCGAAACGCAAAUCUUAACAAAUUCAGAUAAAUCUAAAUUAAAGGCUAUAGUUGAAGUACUUAGGGUAUUCGAAACAAUUUUUAAACGAUUGCAAACAGCUGCCUCGCCAUCGCUAUGCUUUGUGAAACCCUCAAUUACAGAAAUUAAAAAUAUUUGUGCUCCAUCGACAACGGAAAUUCGAGCAAUUUCAAUGUCUAAAGAAAAUAUUCUACAAAACAUUGAUACAAUUUGGACAAGCAAUGAGGCACGAAUGAGUGAGGAAGAAGAUUUGAAAGAAAUAAACAAUUUUUAUAUAUCCCAUAUAAAUAAUAUGGAAAAUGUUCCAACCACACCUAAAACCGAACAUUUAGAUGCUGAAUGUCAAGAACUACAAAGAUACAGUGAAGAAAAAAUUGCAUUAACGGAUAAUUUUUGCCCCAUAAUAGGGUGGAGAGAUAGUAAUGAGAAAUAUCCAAAUUUUGUCUAAAAUUGCAUUGGAAAUAUUGGCGAUACCAGCUAGCAGUAGUGUUAGAAAAACGUUGUUUGAUGAAAAUAUAACUAGUUUAUGAAGUGAAACCAACGAUAUUUGAUGAUA